AAGUGUCCUUCUUACUUCCUAGGUAAAGGACUCCACUACAUUAUUUGAAGAAGGAUAAGGUUGACACUGCUUUGCUUUUGCUUUUUUGAAGUCUCUCCCUCCCUGAUCAAGCUUAGAUACAUCUUCUCACAGCAUAUGACACACAGGUUUUCUCUCCCCUGAAAUGGAGCCGACUAAAAAGAUGGACGCGGCCGGCGCCCUGCAGACAAACCCCCCCCUGAAGCUGCAGCCCGACCGCGGCGCGGGGUCAGCGGUGCUCGUCCCCGAGCAGGGCGGCUACAAGGAGAGGUUUGUGAAGGCCGUGGAGGACAAGUACAAGUGUGAGAAGUGCCGCCUGGUGCUGUGCAACCCCCGGCAGACCGAGUGCGGGCACCGCUUCUGCGAGACCUGCAUGGCCGCCCUGCUGAGCUCCUCCAGCCCGAAAUGCACUGCGUGUCAAGAAGGCAUCAUUAAAGAUAAGGUGUUUAAGGAUAAUUGCUGCAAGAGAGAGAUUCUGGCUCUUCAGAUAUACUGCAGGAACGAAGGCAGAGGUUGUGCAGAGCAGCUAACGCUGGGACAGCUCCUGGUGCAUUUAAAGAAUGAUUGCCAGUUUGAGGAACUUUCAUGUGUUCGUGCCGACUGCAGAGAGAAAGUAUUGAGAAAAGACCUGCGUGAUCACGUGGAAAAGGCCUGUAAAUACCGUGAGGCCACGUGCAGCCACUGCAAAAGUCAGGUCCCAAUGAUCACUUUGCAGGUUUCCUUGCUGCAGAAUGAAAGUGUGGAAAAAAACAAGAGCAUACAAAGUCUGCACAACCAGAUAUGCAGCUUUGAAAUUGAAAUUGAGAGACAGAAGGAAAUGCUUCGAAAUAACGAAUCCAAAAUACUUCAUUUACAGCGAGUCAUAGACAGCCAAGCGGAGAAGCUGAAAGAGCUGGACAAGGAGAUUCGUCCCUUCCGGCAGAGCUGGGAGGAGGCAGACAGCAUGAAGAGCAGCGUGGAGUCCCUGCAGAACCGAGUGACCGAGCUGGAGAGCGUGGACAAGAGCGCAGGGCAGGCUGCCCGCAACACAGGCCUGCUGGAGUCCCAGCUGAGCCGGCACGACCAGAUGCUGAGCGUCCACGACAUCCGCCUGGCCGACAUGGACCUGCGCUUCCAGGUCCUGGAGACCGCCAGCUACAACGGCGUGCUUAUCUGGAAGAUCCGGGAUUACAAGCGGCGGAAGCAGGAGGCCGUCAUGGGCAAGACCCUGUCUCUCUACAGCCAGCCUUUCUACACCGGCUACUUCGGCUACAAGAUGUGCGCCAGGGUCUACCUGAACGGGGACGGGAUGGGCAAGGGGACGCACCUGUCGCUGUUUUUCGUCAUCAUGCGCGGAGAAUACGACGCUCUGCUCCCCUGGCCAUUCAAGCAGAAAGUGACACUCAUGCUGAUGGAUCAGGGGUCCUCCCGGCGCCACUUGGGAGACGCGUUCAAGCCGGACCCCAACAGCAGCAGCUUCAAGAAGCCCACCGGGGAGAUGAAUAUUGCCUCUGGCUGCCCAGUCUUUGUGGCCCAAACUGUGCUGGAAAACGGGACAUAUAUUAAAGAUGAUACCAUUUUUAUUAAGGUCAUAGUGGAUACUUCGGAUCUGCCUGACCCCUGACGAGUCACUGGGAAGGUGGAUCGAGCAGAAGGCAACUCCUCUGGGGGCUCUGCUGUCUCCACUGAGGUCCUCGUGCUCAGAAAAGGACCUUGUGGAGCGGAGGAAGCGGCAGAAGGCGGCCUCGGGCCGGCGGGAUUAUUUAUCCUUCUACGAGAUAAAUACUGCUGUCAGAGAAGGUUUUCAUUUUCAUUUUAAAAGAUCUAAUCGAAAACAUAUAUGCUAAAGAAAAGAACCAUCAUUUUUCUUCCUUAAACUUGAACACCAAAAAAAGAAUACGCAACACACAACACACACAGACACACAGACACACACACACACACACACACACCUGGGGAUAGCUGGACAUGUCAGCAUGUUAAGUAAAAGAAGAAUUUAUGAAAUAAUAAUGCAAUUCUGAUAUAUUCAUUCUAAAAUUCAAGAGUGCAAUCUUGUUUCAAAUAUAGUAUAUUGUCUAUUUUUAAGGCCUCAUCUGGUCUCUGUUUUAAUAAUUUGUUUGUCAGAAGACCCUGAAGUAUACACCUAGGUCUUUUUUGGAAGUCUCUAAAUUCAGAAUCAUUUUUUAAUUUAAAGUUCUAAGAUAAUUGUAACUGCAAACAUUUUAUUUCAAAACGUUGAUAGACUGAUAUUUCUUGGAAGAAAAUGUAAAAUAUCAAACACUGGUUAUCACUUGUGAUAGGAAGGAGGACAUUCAAUCUGCUGUUAUUUCUCGUUAGAAAUGUGUAAACCUUCAAUCUCUGUCGUAGUUACUGACACUACUUCAAAAUUACUAUGAAAGGAGAAUCGCUCAUGGAUGCUGUGCAUCAUUUUCAGAUUUAUAAUUGUUUUCACCCUAAAAUAGGGCAUUAGUUGAACUUUGGAGUUCUAAACAAAAUCCUGUAGGUUUUUAAAAUUCUGCCCCAUUUGUUCAGACAAGCUCUCUAUUGCUGACAACACCGACCUUCAGUGUCCAGUGUCCGGGGGUGGGCAGGUGACUCGUGCUGAAGGGGCCACAGCAGACGCGUCUCCGUUCUGUCGCGUCCCGCACGUGCUGACAGCUUGUGUAGAGGUGGUGGCGUGCUGUUCAUGUGCCUUAGAUGUGACAUGCUGCUUCUCGACCCCAGCUUUGUGUUCACGGUGACUCCGGAAGGUGAUGGUUUAACCAGACUUUUCUCCUGACCACUUGAGGGCCCUCAGCCCUGCACCUGCUCAGGAAGCCGGGCCCCUUGUCAGCUCCUGGAGCCCCCACUGCUUAAUUGUCAUGGAUUCCCAGUCUCUCGGCCCUGGUCCCAGUGCAGGCAGGAGUCGGGGAGAAGUGCGGCCACGGGCGGUGGGCGCCCCGGCCCCGAGCGGAGCCCCUGAGCAUUCCAGACACCACGCUCUGGGGCCGCCCAGGCUGGGCGACAGGCGUCUGGGGCCACCCUCUCUCGGGAAGGGUGGCCCUGGGCCCUGCCGUCCCAGCCUGUGCCCUGCCCAGACGGCACUCCUCGCCCCGUGUACCUUCUCCCGAUGGUCCCACUGUGACAGGACGGGGCCCUGCUCCUGUGCCCUGCUGCGCACCACGCCCCACGGGUGCUCUCACACUGACGGGUGCUACACUGACGGGUGCUUCUUAGGCAAAGCCAGUGUGUGUGGACCGCCGCAUCUGUGCCACUCAUCCGCAAGGCGCGCCCACGACUGGCUGGCUGGGCCGCGCGCCACAGACUGCCUGCCUUCGGGCUCCCCCAUGGCCGUGCGGGGACGGCCGGGUGGGUGCCCGCUGGCCCACCGUGUCUCUGGUGCUGCCAUCUGCCCUGGGUGUGCCUUCGCCCCAGUGCCUGCUGGAAGCGCCCUCCUCUCCAACGCUGUCCCCGAGCUUCCAUAAGUGACCUCAUGGGUUUCAAGCACCUGCCGCACCCUCCGGCAGUUCAGACGCUCCGCUGUCUUCACCCCCCCGCCCCGGGACUUGCUUUGAGGGCCACUCAGUGUCAUCAGUUCUGCCCUGUGAGGAGUCGGGUGUCCCCACUCAGAGAGGAAGACUUCCUGCAGGUGCUGCAGACCGCUGCUCCCUCGAAGGUGUUCCGACCUCCUCCGAGCCUUGCCCUGGGUUCUGCCCUGGGGACCCGGAGGAGGGGGUACGCCCGGCAGUCCCCCCUGGCCUCAGAGGGCUUUCUUGAGGCCAGGGGUUACCAACAGGGACCUCCCUGCAACUUCCUCCCCCUUCACUAAAAGUAUGGACAGUGUUAACACAUCUAGGAGAAGCAACACAUUAAUCUGGUGAAAAACAAAACACCUCUUUCCCCUGGGCUGAAACCCACUCUGGAAGCAUCUGUCCCUUGGAGGGGGUACUUUUCCAGUACCCCUUCUGGUGGGAGUGACUGGGCCACCCUGGCCACACGCCCCCCCCUGCAGAAGCCGCUGGGACCUGGCUUCAGGAGCUGGUGCCACUACCACCCCUCCAUGAGGCUGUGACAUGGUGGGAGCUUCAUGCUGUGGCUUGGUGACAGUUGGUGGACACAGCGGUCGAUGGCCUCAUGGCCACUGUUCCAUGCACACGAGGGGGCAGCUCCUGCAGGACGUGGUCCCGCGUCUCCCCAUCUGCUGUUUGGUGCUCCCCAUGCCGGGGCCCCGGGGACAAGCAAAGGGUUGAGCCGUGGUGCGUGGGGGCGCACUUUUUUGUUUACAAAAGUGGCAAAGUUCCCCGUGGACCAAAACCGAUCUAGUACCUUCCAGGGGCUCGUGCAGCAUCCUGUGCCCCAGUCAGCCCGUGUCUGCGGAGUCCAGGCCAGCCUGCCGGGCCGGGCUGGGCAGCUUGCACUGGGGGUGGGGGCGGGGGGCGGAGGAGGGUGGCUGGUGCAGCUCACCUGGGCCUUUUUUGCAGUUGGGAUCGGUUCCAGGGUCUGUAGGUGACACUGGACACAAGCAGGGAUUCCUGUCCAGCAUCUGAUGACCUGUUGCACGAGAUGGGGUGCCAGUCCCAGAGAGCGAGUCAGGUGGGCAUUCGCCAUACAGGAGGGCGAGCAGGGCCGCCUUCCUCCGGUUCCCAGCCUGGCCCCAGAUGCCAGCCACCGUGCGAGCGGGAGGCUCUUGGCCAGGCAGCUCCUUCCCUCCCUCCCUCCUGUAGCCACCCCUGCCCGGGGUCCCUGGGGGCUGUUGGCUGCGGGAGCCUAGCGCUCCCUGGUGGCCACCUUCACCAGGUCCUCCAGGUGCCGGCCAGCUCUAGGGCGCAUCCGCCUGCCCUGUGGCCACUGUGGCCAGGUCAGGGCAGCCCCUUCCUAGAUAGCUGGUCUCCUCCCGGGUCCUCGGCCACCCGGGGCCACGCGUCCCAGUCAACGCCCUGCACUCUCAGUGUCGUGGGGAUGGUCGCCGGUGGCAGGCCUGGCAUCCUGCAGCCAGUGGGCAGCAGCGGGGUGAGGAGAGGGUGGCCGGACAGACCCUUACAUACAGCAGGGUCCCGAGGUGGGUCAUCUCCUCUCAGCCCAUGGCAGCGGGGAGAGAGCAGGACCCCAAGUGCACCCAGAGGGGCUCACCACCUCAAACAGCCAAGGCCCCCUCCUCCUCCCAAAGGAGUGACCGUGAUUGUGUGUCCGGCGAAAACCUUCCGGCCACAGCAUCUCUGCCGGUCUUCACAGGCCUUGUCAGGAGAUCAGACUCCUCGCGGGGCCUCUGCCCACACCGCGGCCCUCCGAUCGCCUCCCUCUGCUUGCGGUAGCUGCCAGUGCUGAGAAGGGCGCGGGCAGAGCUGUGAAAGGGCUGUGGUCCCGAUCUUUACUGACCAGACCGCAGAGCAGCCCUGGGGGAGUUCCGGGAGCCCCUUUGCCUUUGUGUGCGUCUGUGAGAUGAGGGAUUUGUCACCCAACCUACUUCUCAGCCCGAGACCGUGGCCCUGUCCUCUGUUUGCAAAUCUCAAUGGUUCUGUUUUCUCCAAAGUAGAACAUGUCCACUAGGGUCUGCAUCAGACGAGGUCAGGGUGAGGCUCCCGCGUCGGCAGGUGACCCGGCCAUCACUCCUGUCCGCCGGGCGGUGCCAGUUGUCACCGGGGAGCCGGGCGGCCUGGGGCGACCUGGGUCCGCAGGUGGUUGGGCCCAUCUGCAGAGACCCGAGUGGGACGAGCUGCGCUUGCGUUUCAUUUCCGCCGCUGCCGCUGCAUCUCAGUCCGCCCUGCGGGCCCGCGCGGUGGGUGGGGUCCGGGGGGCUGCACCGCGCCCGCAGGCAGUGCCGGUUGGUUCAUAACUCAGUGCCCCGACACGUGGGAUAACCUUCAACAGCAAACUCAAUGACUCAGUUGGUAAACACAGAAGCUGGCGUUCUUUCCAAGGAUCUCUGUGAGAAUUGUCUGGAGAGUAACCUCUGUGGGAAAGGGAGUGUGUGAAUCCACGUAGACGAUCGUGUGGUGUUUUCAGCAUUGAUUCUUUCUCUGACGACACACCUCUUCGUUCAGUUCUGUUACCCAAAACAAAGACCAAAGAAGGCCAAUCUCUCAGUUGACUCUGUAUUUUUAACCUGCCUGUUUUAAAAAUUGCCAUCUGUAGUAACCACUCGCUGUGAGGACCCAUCUUGACGUCCAAGUGAUUGUGACCAGUGAUUCACGUCCCGUGUUUUUCUGCUCUUCUAAGAAAAAAAAAACCCACAAAAAGACAGUGUAAGUUAUUGCUCAGCAAUAAUCAUGUUGUUCCUGCGGGCUAACAACAUGUCUGAUUUCCCGACAGCAUUAUUAUGUUUUCUAUUUUUGUUUACUGUUUAUUGUGUAUGUUUUAUUUGGUAUUUAUUUGUGUUUUGAGGUCUUGCAAUGUUUUUGUGUUUCUGAUGCUAAUAACUGACGUUUGUAAGAGUGUAGAAUGCAGAACUCUGAAAUGCUGAACGGUCUUAUUAGAGAAAAUAAAUCUGACUAAGGAG